UCAAUCCCUCGGAGCCGAAUUCAUCGAGGUAGACAUCCAAGAAGAUGGUUCCGGCGCCGGUGGCUACGCAAAGGAAAUGUCCAAGGAAUUCAUCGAAGCUGAAAUGAAGCUUUUCCUCCAACAAAGCCGUGAGGUGGACAUCAUCGUUACCACGGCCUUGAUUCCUGGCAAACCAGCUCCAAAACUUAUCACCGAAGAAAUGAUCAUGGCCAUGAAGCCUGGCUCUGUCGUGGUAGACCUCGCGGCAGAGGCUGGAGGGAACUGUGUCCUGACUAAACCUGGGGGAGCUGUUAGUGAGCUCCAAUGGCGUUACUAUCAUAGGAUACACUGAUCUUCCGUCCCGUCUACCUACGCAGUCGUCUACGCUGUACUCAAACAAUAUCACUAAGUCUUGCUUUCAAUGGCCCCCGUUGAGAAACAGUUCGGUGUUGACCUUGAAGAUGAAGUCGUCCGCGGCUCUAUUGUCACCUAUGCUGGUUCUAUUUUGCCCCCUGCUCCCAGGCCCGCCCCUCCUCCGCAGCCAGCAACUCGGAAGAAAGAGGACGCAGCUCUUUCUGCUGACGCGGCUAAGAUGGAGCUUACCCCGUUCCAAAAGGUCUCAAGAGAAGUAGCUACUGUUACUGGUGGAAUGGGCACAGCUCUCGCCUUAGGCAAAUUUACCGGUCCACUGUUUAUGAGCAAUGUCUUCACAGCGGGUUUGGCUGGCUUGAUUGGAUAUCGAGUUGUAUGGGGCGUCACCCCUGCAUUGCAUUCUCCGUUGAUGAGCGUAACCAACGCUAUUUCAGGAAUGGUGGGAAUUGGCGGUCUAUUUGUCAUGGGCGGAGGAUAUUUCCCUGAAACCAUACCCCAGGCCCUAGGUGCAUUGUCUGUUCUCCUCGCUUUCGUCAACGUAUCAGGCGGCUUCGUCAUAACUAAACGCAUGCUAGACAUGUUUAAGAGGCCUACUGAUCCACCGGAGUAUCCAUGGCUCUACGCUAUUCCUGGCGUACUGUUCGGAGGCGGGUACCUUGCAGCUGUGAGCACUGGCAUGGCGGGUCUAGUUCAAGCAGGAUAUCUCGUCAGCAGUAUUCUAUGCAUAAGCUCUAUUUCUGGUCUUGCAUCUCAAGCUACUGCUCGUGCAGGAAACUCUCUUGGUAUCUUGGGCGUUGCUUCCGGUAUUCUCGCCUCUUUGGUUGCUGUGGGCUUCUCUCCCGAAGUCCUUGCCCAAUUUGUCGGACUAGCUGGCAUCGGAGGUUUGGUUGGUGCCGUUAUCGGCCGUCGUAUUACUCCCACCGAGCUACCCCAGAUGGUAGCGGCACUGCAUUCUGUUGUUGGGCUCGCUGCCGUCCUCACUAGUAUUGGAAGUGUCCUCGCUGAUAUCGACCAUGUUUCAACUCUACAUCUUGUUACAGCAUACUCCGGCGUAGUUAUAGGCGGGAUCACCUUCACCGGCUCCAUAGUGGCGUUCCUGAAGUUAUCAGGGAAAAUGGCGUCUAAACCACUUGCAUUCAAAGGUCGACAUAUAGUAAACUCCUCUUUACUGGGGACCAACAUGGCGCUCAUGGGAGGAUUUAUAUCAAUGGCUCCGGGCGCUCCCCUGGUAGCUGCAGCAGCUUUAUCAGCGAGUACCAUACUCAGUUUCAUAAAGGGGUUCACGACAACCGCUGCCAUAGGGGGCGCUGACAUGCCUGUUGUGAUAACGGUUUUAAACGCUUAUUCUGGCUUUGCACUUGUUGCCGAAGGGUUUAUGCUCGACAAUCCACUUCUUACGACAGUGGGAUCGCUUAUCGGCAUCAGCGGUUCCAUUCUAUCAUAUAUCAUGUGUGUCGCGAUGAACCGUUCUCUAACCAACGUCCUAUUCGGCGGAAUAUCAUCACCAACCCAGGCACAAUCGGAUCACCAGAUUGAAGGAAAGAUUACCAAGACUUCCAUUGAAGAAACGGCAGAGACUCUUGCGAAUGCUGAAAGCGUUAUUAUAGUCGUUGGAUACGGCAUGGCAGUCGCAAAAGCCCAAUAUGCGAUCUCAGAAAUCACCCGUAUGCUUCGUGCUAAAGGUGUAAAAGUUCGAUUCGCUAUUCACCCCGUCGCUGGCCGCAUGCCUGGGCAAUGCAAUGUCCUGCUUGCUGAAGCUGCUGUUCCAUAUGAUAUUGUCCUUGAAAUGGAUGAAAUCAACGACGACUUCAGCGAUACGGACGUGACUCUCGUCAUCGGUGCGAAUGACACGGUUAACCCCAUUGCUUUGGAGCCCAACUCUUCUAUUGCGGGAAUGCCUGUUUUGCAUGCCUGGAAGAGCAAGGAAGUCAUUGUUAUGAAGCGUGGAAUGUCAAGCGGAUACGCUGAUGUGCCCAACCCCAUGUUCUAUAUGCCUGGUACCAAGAUGCUGUUUGGAGAUGCAAAGACUUCUUGUGAUGCCAUCCAACAUGCUCUUGAAGCACAUACAUGA